AUCGACUUUUCGUACCUGGACGCGGCGCCGAUACGGAACGAACCGGGAAGCGCGAGCGCGACGGCGGUCAAGGCGCUCGCGGUGGAGGAGGAGGAAGCCGAGGAGGAGUACUUCGAUCCGAACGAGAAUCCGCGAUGGUGCCCGCCGGGAACGGUGAAACGUUUGAGGAAUUUACAGUCGCCUCUGAUCAGGCUGCACACCGAAAUCGUGGAUUUCAGUAGGUAUUUAGAGCCCACCGAGGAGGAAGCGACGUCGCGCGCCGCCGCCGUCGAACGCGUGCGAGCGGUGGUGAACGGGAUCUGGCCCGACGCUCGAUUCGAAGUUCACGGUUCGUUUGCGACCGGCAUGUACUUGCCGAGCUCGGACAUCGAUGCCGUGAUCUUGGACAGUGGUGCAAAAAAUGCGGGUCUGUGUUUGAAGGCGCUCGCCGUCGCCUUGGCGCGACGCGGCAUGGCGAUCAAGAUACAACUCAUAGCCAAGGCGCGCGUGCCCAUCGUGAAAUUCGAAGAAGUGGAAAGCGGACAUCAGUUUGACAUUAGUUUCGACGUCGCGAACGGGCCGGCGAGCGCGGAGAUCGUUCGAGAAAACAUGCGAAGGUUUCCCGCGUUGCGUCCGCUCACCACGGUGUUGAAGGCGUUUCUUCAUCAACGCGGGCUCAACGAGGUGUAUUCCGGUGGCAUCGGCUCUUACGCGCUGCUUUGCAUGGUGAUGGCUCAUUUGCAGUUGCACAACACGACGUGUAAAUCGACGUGGGCGGGGUCGCACGGCGCGAGCGAUGCUAGCGAAGGCUGCCUAGGAACGCUCCUCAUCGACUUUUUUGAGCUCUUCGGUCGCAGGCUCGUCGCGGAAGAGGUUGGGAUCUCAUGCGGAGGCAAAGGUCCAGGCUUUUUUAAGAAACGCGACAAGGGCAUGUACGAAGACUCUCGGCCGUUCUUGUGGGCGAUCGAAGACCCACAAGACGAAACGAAUGAUCUCGGUAGGAACUCGUACGCGUGCAGGCAGGUGAAGAGCGCGUUUGAGCACGCGUUCACCGUCAUCACG